AUGGAUGCACCAAAUAAAAACCCCUAUCAUUUACCCUCGGAUGCCGUCUGGUUUAUUACCGGAUGCUCUUCUGGAAUCGGUCAAGCUUUAGCUGAGUUCAUCACACAGACCUCAAACCGCGUGGUAGCUACGGCACGCAAAGUAUCAGCUUUAUCAAGCAUUCCAACGAACGACCGCGUCCUCAAGCUAGAGCUAGACGUCACUUCCAUCCCUAGUAUCGAGGCAGCUCUCCAAGCUACGCUGGAGAAGUUUGGUCGCAUUGAUGUCGUAGUUAACAACGCAGGCUACACCCUCGUUGGUGAUGCCGAAGCUGCAGAAGACCAGGAAUCUCGGGCAGUGUUGGACACUAACUUCUGGGGUAUGGUAGAUGUGACUAAGAGAGCUCUGGGAAUCAUGAGGGAUGUGAAUCCCAAAACUGGACAGCAGGGUGGUGUAAUUUUGAACCUGAGCUCUAUGGGUGGCUGGUCAGGUUACCCGGGAGGCUCCUUUUAUCAUGCCAGUAAAUUUGCCAUGGAGGGAUGGACGGAGGCUGUAGCAAAGGAGUUGCCGGCUUCGUGGAAUAUUCAUUUAUGUAACAUCGAGCCCGGGGGCGUGAAAACCAACUACGCGACGUCUUCUCUUAAACACAUGGCCAAAAGACACCCAGCCUAUGCCGACCCCAACUAUCCCACGAAUCUCUUGCUAGCUUACACGCUAGAUGAGGAACAUCGCAAAUUCUGGUCAGAGCCGAGUGACCUAGCCGCAGCGAUGUAUAAAAUUGUAAGCCGCGGGCAGCGAAUCCCGAUUCGGGUGCCGUUGGGAGCUGAUUCCUGGGGAAUGAUAGCGAAGGACCUCGAGGACACUAAGAAAGACCUGGAAGACUUGAAGGAGAUCAGCUUAGGUGUGGGAGACCCGAGACAGCUAGAUACUAUCAACUUUUUGAAGUAG